AUGGCUAUGCCCCAAUCAAUUCAUUACACAGAUGCAAAAGGGCGUGUGAUUCGUGCGAUUAACCGAGUCACUUCAUUUGUGAAAGCUUCCGGUGAUUACAACAAUGACCGGACAAACAUCGGAAAACAGGCAAAAAUCAAGCAGAUGCUCUCUGAACUAAAGGAGAUUCGUCGUUGCGUUAAUGAGGACAUUCAAAUAAUGGAAACGGCCGUCGGACAAUCUACUGCACCUAUUGAUGUUACCGAUAAUAAGUGUAGUAGUUCAUUAAUUAGUUCCUUUGAAGAUCUAUUUUAUGAACUAGCUGCGUUUGCUGUCAUUCAUCAAUUUCCAUUGUCACCAGACCAAGUGAUGUCUCAAUCUUUUGCUUCCAGCACGGCUCAACAAUCUGGUACGCUGGGAAAUUUGUCAUGUUUCCAGUUACCAAAACGCAAAUUUCCCACAUUUUCUGGAAUAAUUACAGAGUGGCAAGGCUUUGAGGACUUAUUUCAUUCAAUAUUAUCACAUGCUCCAGAUCUACUUAAUGUUGAAAAAUUUGAAUAUCUGAAAACUUCUCUUCAAGGUGAAGCCUUAUCACUGGUUGCUCAUUUACCAUUGACAGCAGCAAACUACUUGAGUGCCUGGAAAAUUCUAAAGUCUCGCUAUGGAAACAAACGUGAUCUGGCUCGCAUUCAUUUUCAAUCUCUUCUAAAGAAGUAUGUCGUAAAAUCCACAGACUCACAAUCUAUCAAAACCCUGCUUAAUUCCAUUACGGAACAUACUGCAGCAUUAGACAAUUUAGAUUUCGUAACUAGAUCAUGGAGUCCACUGUUGUUAUACAUCUUCGAACAACAUCUGGACUAUGAGUUACGAUCUCGAUGGGAGUUAUUAGUGGGAGACAAACACUCUCCGAGUCUACCAGAAUUUAUCGAUUUCUUACGUCAGCACAUGCGUUCUGCAGAAGUAUUUAUAACCUCGAUUCCGACUACACACAUAGCAAAAUUGCCUCGAAGUCAAGAAAAACCUCGUACUGGCUCAAUUCAAAAAAUACUUACAGCUACCACCAGUCAAUCACCAAGUGUGAACUGUCCAAUAUGCAACCAGGCACAUUCAAUUCGGAAAUGUUCACGAUUCAAUGAAAAAACACCUAAUGAACGGUUCCAGCUCGCGAAAUCGCACAAACUUUGUACUAAUUGUCUAGGAGCCGGGCAUACAUCAGCCGCAUGUCCAUCUAAGUACAAAUGUCAAGUUUGUAACCGAUCCCAUCACUCGUUAUUACAUUUUAAUUCAACUUCUGGAUCACACUCACAGCAACAAAUGCCGUCUAAUGUAAUUCCUGCUGAUGCUUCGAAUGCCGUAUCCAUGAUAGUAAAAGGAGUACCCAAACGCGCUAUAUUAUUAUCAACUGCAAUGCUUGAUGUGAUCGCCGCUGAUGGUCAUCGGCAUUCUUUACGUGCGCUGUUGGAUAGUGGCUCCCAAGCGAGCUUUAUAACUGAAAAGGCUGCGUCCUUGUUAAUGCUACGUCGAUUUCAUUCAACCGUUAACGUUACAACCUUUGCCAGUACAACCACUACCCUAGUCAAAGGGAAAGCCACUAUAAGUAUACUCCCCUGUAAUAAAUUAUCACCGUCUGUGUCUGUAGACACAUUAAUUGUUCCAAAAAUUACUGGUCUUACGCCCCAGGUUCCAAUCACUCACGGAACAUGGACUCAUGUUAAGAAUCUUCCAUUGGCAGAUCCGUCAUACCAUCUUCCUGGAGACAUUGACUUGCUCUUAGGUGCUGAUAUGUUCCCAUCUCUCGUUCUAACUGGUCAACUCAAAGGGAAAGAUGGCGAACCUAUGGCAAUGGAAACAAUCUUUGGCUGGGUAUUAGUCGGACCAAUUCAAUCCUCUUCCUCUGGUUCACUUAAUUCAUUCUGCAUAUCUGUAUUUGAACACCUCGACAAUACUAUAAAGAAAUUUUGGGAACUUGAAGAAUUGCAAGCCAUUCAUCACCUCAGUGAAGAGGAUUCUAUUGCAGAGAAGUUUUAUCAACAGACGACAACUCGCCUUGCAUCAGGACGGUUCAUGGUUAAACUUCCCUUCAAGUCAUCACGCCCCUUAUUAGGCGAUUCAAGAACCAUGGCUCUUCACAGAUAUAGAUCUUUGGAGAUCAGGCUUAGUCGAGAUCAAAAUCUACGCCAACAAUAUGUUGAGUUUAUGCACGAUUAUGUAUCAAAUAACCACAUGGAACUCAUUCCUGAAGAAAAAGAUCUUCCAUAUAAUUAUUAUAUUCCUCAUCAUUGUGUGUUUCGGCCAGAUAGCCUAACUACAAAAUUGCGUGUUGUUUUUAACGCUUCUGCACGAACAACUAGGGGAUCAUCUCUCAAUGAUUUUUUGUAUACAGGUCCCAAAUUACAACCUGACAUCCAAGUCGUUCUAUUACGCGCUCGAUUAUGGAAAUAUUUGUUUAUGGCCGACAUAAAACAGAUAUUAUGUACAGUCAAUUAUGGUACAUCUGCAGCUCCAUACCAAGCUCUUCGGACUGUUCGAGAGUUAGCCACGGUGGAUGGUCCGAAAUUUCCAUUAGCUGCUAAAAUACUAUUAAACGACACCUUUGUUGAUGAUAUCAUUACUGGUGCAAAUACGGAAGAAACUGCUUUUGAAUGCCAAAGCCAAUUAAUCAACUUAUGUGGACUUGCUAAGUUUGAAUUACGAAAGUGGGCUAGCAACAACACAAACAUCAUUCAAGCAGUUCCAUGUGAAGCGCGCGCCAUGUCUCCAUCGUUGUUGUUCAAUUCAGCUGAUCAUACUGAGUUAAAUUGUUUAGGAUUGAAAUGGGAUCCAUCAGCAGACAUUUUUUCAUUUCACACACAACCCUCGUCAAAAAAUCCUACCAAAAGAUCAGUGUUGUCGGAUCUUGCACGAACGUUUGACCCAUUAGGGUUACUCUCGCCAACCACAUUCUGGAUCAAGCACUUUAUGCAGUGUUUGUGGAUUUCUGGAAUAAGUUGGGACGCCCCCUUACCAUCCGAUCUUUCCACUCAAUGGAAAAGGUAUCAGUCGGAACUUCAUUUAGUCAACACGCUUGUUAUACCUCGUCGCAUUACUGAAGAUUGUGCUAUCUCAGUUCAGUUGCAUGCCUUUUCAGACAGUUCUCAAAAGGGAUACGCUGCCUCCGUAUAUCUCCGUGUUGAAACUGUUACUUCAGUACGUUGUCAUCUUGUUACAGGCAAAACUAGAGUCGCCCCUCUGAAACAUGUUACCAUUCCCCGUUUGGAAUUAUGUGGAGCUGUUCUUGCAGCACAACUGCUUCGUUAUACAGUCUCGACGUUUGAAGAUUGUCUACAUAUCGAUAACCUAACUGCAUGGACUGACUCUACCACAGCCCUUGCUUGGAUUCGAUCUUCACCGCAUCGUUUGACGACUUUGAGUUUUAUGAG